AUGUUGAUUUAUCGUUAUAUUAACACACCUGCUGGAGAAUUCAGGUCUGAAACAACAUCUGAAAUGUCUUUGCAUUAUUUAAGAGAUCAAGCACAUUUCAUAUAUUGUGAAGAACGAACAUUUUAUCGUAAUCCAAUACUCAUGCAACUGUAUGCAGAUCGUGAUAGAUUUUGUUUUCCUACAUCAUCAUUUGUAUAUUAUUUUAAUAAUAUAAUUAAUUUUUCACCGGAGAGAUACAAUGAAACACGUAUACCGUUAAAUACUACUUCACGUUAUCCUAUCACGUUAACAACGGAAACGUUGUGUUACACGCGACCCAUAUCUUCUACAACUCAAUUUACAAUGCAACAAUCUCAAAGUAUAAGUAAUACUGAAUAUGUUGAAGCAACAUCUACGCCACUUUCAUCACCAUCACCAUCAUCAUCAUUAUUUUUUACUCCACCUGAUAUGUCUCAGCAAGAAGUGUAA